AUGGCGCACCAAAAUCCAAACUCAGACAUCAACAUGCCUGAACCUUCGGCACCAGCUAUAGACGAAAAGAAGGGACUUUCUCGUAUUAUCGGUUUGGGCUCUAGUGUGGGCAGCGGCUUGUUCAUUGCUACUGGAAAGGCUCUCGCAGCAGGCGGGCCUGGUACCAUGUUUAUCGCCUACCUUAUCGUGUGUACUGGUGUAUGGGCCAACCUGCAGUCACUUGGAGAAAUGACAAUCGCUUUCCCUGUGUCCGGAAACUUCAUCGACUAUGCUGGUAGAUUCGUCGAUCCUGCAUUGGCUUUUGGUGCAGGCUUUGCGGAGUGGCUCGGUUGGACUUCUGUCUUUGCUGCAGAAGCCGUUUUCUUCGUCGUGCUGGUCGACUAUUGGGCGAAGGGGGUCGUACCGCAAGCAGCACUUCUGUCUAUCUUCAACGUGAUCUGUCUCAUUGUCUUCUUCAUGCCGAAUAAAAUCUUUGGGUGGCUCCAAGCCUUCGGAUCAAUGGUCAAAAUAGUGCUAUUCUUUUUCAUCAUCGGCCUUUCGAUCGCGUUGAUUGCCGGCGCUGGGCCGACUGGUCAGAAGCUUGAUGGAAGUUCCUGGAGAGAUGGAAAAGGCUUUCAAAACGGCUUUACUGGCUUCGCCAACUGCGCAAUGAUGGCCAUCUGGGCUGUGGGAGACCAGGUGUUCAUCGGAGUCAUGGCUGGAGAAGCCAGUAUGCCUCGCGUUUCCAUGGCACAUUCCUCUACCUUCGUCCCUAUCCGUGUCGCCGUCAUGUAUCUCGUAUGCGUCGUUUUCAUCGGCAUCAUAGUUCCUUCCGAUGACCCAAACCUGCUUGGAGGAUCCGGCGCAGCAGCUUCUCCCUUCGUCAUCGCCGCUCAGAACGCAGGUUUGAAAGGCAUCCCCGACCUCGUUAAUACGUGCAUCAUCAUUGGUAUUGUCGCCAUUGCCUUGGAGAGCAUCUAUCUCCCUUCCCGGGUCUUGCGCACUAUGUCUCUGCAAGGUUUGCUCCCCGCAAGAAUUGCGAAUGUCGAUGAUCUCGGCCGCCCCCGCUGGGCAUUGAGCAUCACGUCAGUGGUCGGUGUAUUCUUCGCCUAUUUAAGUCUUAACAAGGGUGGUAACGAGGCACUCAAUUGGUUUAUUGCGAUUACCAGCGCCUCCUUUUUCAGCAACUGGGCAAUCAUUGGUUACUCGAACAUUCGAUUCCGCCAGGCAUUGAAGGCACAAAAUGACCAUUUACUGGACGAAGAGUAUGCGUGGAAAGCUAAUAUGGGCAUCUUCACCCCUAUUUACCUCAUCAUCGUUUGCACGCUGCUUCUGGUUUGCCUUCUCUACCUGGCAAUUAGCCCUUCGAGUGGUUCCUUUACUGCAUCAAACUUCUUCCAGUACACUAUUGGCCUCUUGCUCAUCAUCGUGUUCAGCCUCGCCUUUAAAGUCAUUCGCCGCACGAAGUGGGUCGACCCUGCUACAGCCGACCUGACCACUGGCCGCAACAUCCUACGAGUCAACGAGAUUCAUUAUCUCGACGGAUACGCGAAGCUCCCGACUUGGAGACGACUUUUGCUUUCUUUGGGCCUUAGCCCUGCUGGUGGGCCAAAGAGUGAAUGA